AUGUUGCAGUGGAUGUCUUGUAGGUCGCAGGCUGCUGUUGGCUCCCGCUGUCCCUCUGUGUGAUGGCUGCAGUCUGAGGAGGUUGACCUGUGGAUUUAAUAGACACGCACGCACGCACACACAUAGACACACACUGUCUGGACAGUGGACACCUGAGGAGGAGAGGCACACAGGACAGGAACAAUGGCGAAGUACCACUGGCAGAGUCAAAAUGUGAAGCAGAGCGGCGUGGACGACAUGGUCCUGCUGUCCAAGAUCAGUGAGGACGCCAUCGUGGAAAACCUCAAGAAAAGAUACAUGGACGACUACAUCUUUACUUAUAUUGGCCCCGUGUUGAUAUCAGUGAACCCGUUCAAACAGAUGCCCUAUUUCACUGACAGAGAAAUCGAACUUUAUCAAGGCGCUGCCCAGUACGAGAACCCGCCUCACAUCUACGCCUUGACCGACAAUAUGUACAGAAACAUGAUGAUCGAUGGAGAAAAUCAGUGUGUCAUCAUCAGCGGUGAGAGCGGUGCUGGGAAGACAGUGGCUGCCAAAUAUAUCAUGGGUUACAUUUCCAAAGUAUCUGGAGGAGGAUCAAAAGUUCAGCAUGUGAAAGACAUCAUCCUACAGUCAAACCCUCUGCUGGAAGCCUUUGGUAAUGCCAAGACUGUACGCAACAACAACUCUAGUCGUUUUGGGAAAUACUUUGAGAUUCAGUUCAGCAGAGGAGGAGAGCCAGACGGAGGGAAAAUCUCAAACUUCCUGCUGGAGAAGUCGAGGGUGGUGAGCCAGAAUGAGAACGAGAGGAACUUCCACAUUUACUAUCAGCUGAUAGAGGGCGCCAACGCUCAGCAGAAAGAAGGCCUGGGCAUCAUGACCCCAGACUACUACUACUACCUCAACCAGUCUGGGACCUACAAGGUGGAUGGGACCAAUGACAGCAAAGACUUCCAAGAAACUAUGGAAGCCAUGCAGGUGAUCGGGAUCCCGGGAGAGAUCCAGGCUCAGGUGCUGCAGAUCAUCGCUGGCAUCCUCCACCUGGGAAACAUCAGCUUCAUUGAGGCAGGCAACUAUGGGCAGGUGGAGAGCACAGACUUGCUCGCCUUCCCCGCCUACCUGCUGGGCAUCGACCCCAACCGUCUGCAGGACAAGCUGACCAGCAGGAAGAUGGAUUCAAAGUGGGGAGGGAAGUCCGAGUCCAUCAACGUGACCCUGAACCAGGAACAGGCCACCUACACGCGUGAUGCUCUGGCCAAAGCCCUCUACGCCCGACUCUUUGACUAUCUGGUUGAGGCCAUAAAUAAAGCCAUCCAAAAACCACAUGAAGAAUUCAGUAUCGGAGUACUUGACAUUUAUGGCUUUGAGAUAUUCCAGAGAAACGGCUUUGAGCAGUUCUGCAUCAACUUUGUCAAUGAGAAACUACAACAGAUCUUUAUUGAACUCACUCUGAAGGCUGAGCAGGAAGAGUAUGUUCAGGAGGGCAUCAAGUGGACGCCCAUCGAGUACUUCAACAACAAGAUUGUGUGUGACCUCAUUGAAAAUAAACUGAACCCUCCUGGUAUAAUGAGCGUGCUGGAUGAUGUGUGUGCCACCAUGCAUGCCAAGGGAGAGGGUGCAGAUGGCACUCUGCUGCAGAAACUGCAGGCUGCCGUGGGGACGCACGAACAUUUCAACAGCUGGAACUCUGGCUUUGUCAUACAUCACUACGCCGGAAAGGUGUCAUAUGAUAUCAACGGCUUCUGUGAGAGAAACCGGGAUGUGCUUUUCCCUGACCUCAUAGAGCUCAUGCAGAGCAGCGAAUACGACUUCAUCCGUAGCUUGUUCCCUGAAAACCUCAACACAGAAAAGAAAGGCAGGCCGACCACAGCCAGCUCCAAGAUCAAGAAACAAGCUAAUGAUCUGGUGAACACCCUGAUGAAGUGCACUCCGCACUAUAUCCGCUGUAUCAAACCCAAUGAGACAAAAAGACCCAAAGACUGGGAGGAGAGCAGGGUAAGGCAUCAGGUCGAAUACCUAGGCCUGAGGGAAAACAUACGAGUGAGAAGAGCUGGGUUUGCAUACCGCAGAGUCUUCAAUAAGUUCCUGAUGAGGUACGCCAUUCUGACAGCAGAGACGUGGCCGUGCUGGAGGGGUCCAGAGCAGCAGGGGGUCCUCCACCUCCUCCGGUCUGUCAACAUGGAUACUGACCAGUAUCAGAUGGGACGCACCAAAGUCUUUGUCAAGAACCCUGAAUCACUGUUUCUACUGGAGGAGAUGAGGGAGAGGAAGUUUGACACUUUCGCCAGGACCAUCCAGAAAGCCUGGAGAAGAUACAUUGCCAGGAGGAAAUACGAACAAAUGAGGGAGGAGGCCUCAGACAUCCUAUACAACUCCAAGGAGCGGAGGAAGAACAGCAUCAACAGGAACUUUGUUGGAGACUACCUUGGUCUGGAGCAGAGGCCUGAGCUGAGACAGUUUCUGGCCAAGAGGGAGCGAGUCGACUUUGCCGAUUCAGUCACUAAGUUCGAUCGCAGGUUCAAGUCUAUCAAGAGAGAUCUGAUCUUGACCCCCAAGGGAAUCUAUCUGAUUGGUCGAGAGAAGGUGAAGAAAGGACCCGAGAAAGGACAGAUAAAGGAGGUGCUGAAACGAAAACUGGAGUUUGGAAGCAUCAGCGGCGUCUCUCUCAGUACGAGACAGGAUGAUUUCUUCAUCCUGCAUGAGGCCCAGUACGACAGUCUGCUGGAGUCUAACUUUAAGACCGAGUUCCUCAGCCUGCUUUCGAAACGCUACGAGGACGUGACCAAGAGAAAACUGACAAUCUCCUUCACUGACAGACUAGAGUUCAGAGUGAAGAAGGAGGGCUGGGGUGGAGGAGGCUCCAGGAUGGUGGUCUUCCAGAGGGGGCAAGGGGACCAGGCCCAGCUCAAACCUGGAGGGAAGACCCUCACCGUCACAAUAGGAGACGGUCUACCCAAGUCCUCCAAGCCAACCAGGAAGAGUGCUCCACAGUCUCAUGGUGGAGGGAGAAAUCAUAUAUCCAGCAGAGCACACCAGAAUGGAGCAGCCCAGUUUUCCAGAGCCCCUUACAACCAACCCUCAGAUAUCACAUAUUCCUCCCCCCACAGACAGGCACGGCCACCCAGCACAGGCCCGCCCAAACUGGGUUCCCAGAGGGGCCCCAGAGGCCCGUCUCACAACCAGUACAACCAAGGGAACCUGGACUUCCUCAACGUGCCAGACCAGGGCAUGUCAGGGAAGCAGAGGAAAAGGAGCAUCAGUCAGCGACCUCCUCCUGCUCCUAAACCGCAGCCGAAGCAGCAGGGGCCUCGCUGCCGGGCGUUGUAUCAGUACGUCGGCCAGGACACAGAUGAGAUCAGCUUCGAUGUCAACGAUGUCUUUGACCUGGUCAAAGAAGAUCCGUCAGGCUGGUGGACGGGCAGGAUUCGAGGAAAGGAAGGUCUCUUCCCCGGUAACUAUGUUGAAAAGAUUUGAUCACGACUCUGACGGUUCCUCAUGGACUUGUCUGUGUUUGCUGAGAAAUACGUCUGAUUUGUUGAAAGCAGCACAUAGCAUUCGCUAAAGAAAACUGCCUGUGAAUUGUUCAUGAUUGCAUGGUAGUUCUUCAUCCGUGGGGCUGUUGGAGGGUGGGACCUUGCUGACAUUUGAGCUACAUUUAUCAUGAUCGUGAAAAAACAUACUGAUCCACAGCAAAGAGCUGCUCAGGUCUCAUGUCUCUAUCCUGUUAAGAAUGACCCCUAGAAACAAGAUGUUUGACUUCUCCCGCACUCCAACAACACCUCUCUUUGAUCCACUGAAAAACUACUCAAAGCUUAAGUUACAGCCUUAAGAGAAAAGUGGAAACACUGCAUCGCUUUAUGGUGUCUAAAGUGUUUGUAUUUGUCUAAAACUUUUCUCCAGAGCAAUGUUCAAUACUGCUCAGUAUUCUUGAUUAAGACACCAGCAUUAAAUCAAGUAAUAAUAGAUACUGUAUUAGAAAAUAAGUGAAUUUGACUGUUACGUUUUGCACCAUAACAAACCUGCUUCAGAUGAAUCAAAGCCAUUCACAGAGACGAUACUUCUGAAACAUUUAUUUACUAUUCAUGAGUUGUUAUUAAUAUCAUUAUUGGUAUUUUCUCAGAUGUUUUUUCACCUCAGUAAAAAAAAGAAAAGAAAUAUAUUUUCAUAUUUUACCUCAACGACUUUUGCACUGGUCUAGAUUGUAUCAUCAGUAAGUUAUAAUAGAUUUCUGAAUAACCAAAACAGAGAGGUGACUGAAUCAUGUUUAUUUCUGCCAUUUUUAGAUUUUGUUUUUAUUUGUGAUAGAUUUUUGUAAAAUAAUGUGAUUCUCUCACAAUCAAUCGGUUUUGUAAAUUAAUAAAAAGAGGAAGAAUAAAGAUUUUUGACACUGUAA